AUGUCUUCGAGCUCCGCCGCUUUCUGGGCCAAAAACGCGCACAAGAUAGGCCAGUUGCGUGGAGUCCUGCCUCCGUCCCCUGACCAGGAGACCAAGCCCACCGAGCCUACGCCGGCUGAAGCCAGCGUGUCGAAGCAGUUCGGCAGCGGCCAUGUCUUCAAGGUGAAAAAGGAUUGCGGCACGAAGAGCCCUGAGUAUCCAUCAAGCGCAUUCACAUCGACGGCGACCACUUCUCCCUUGUCACCUAGCACUGCAACAUCGUGGGCCGACUCGGUUGAAGAAGAUGAGGCGCAAGCCGAUGCCGACGCUGCUGCCGCUGCCGCUGCCGCUGGCCAUGGCGCCGGUCGUAACUUCCAACCUAUGCCCGGCACCGUGAUCCAGCAGGCGAAGCGCAUUCAAGAACUGGAGACCACGAUCGUUCAUCAAGCCAAGCGCAUUGUGGAUCUCGAAGGCGACGUGAAAGACAAGGACGCCAACAUCGAGCAUUUGACUGGCGCAAUUGAAGAGAAGGAAGCGCACAUCAGCCGACUGGAGGCCAACAUAAUCGAUCGAGACACGCACAUCGCGAAUUUGACUAGUCAAGUGGAUGAAGAAAUCCGACGCACCAAGAAGCUCAGGGACGAGCUGCAGGAGAAGAUGGUGCUCGUUCAAGACUUGGAGUUACAGGUCGCAGAAACCAUCAGUGUACCCGACUCGGGUUCGCUCACUGAAGUCGAAGAGGAUGCAGAAGAAGAGUCGCUUUCAACCCCCGCGCGCGAGUCUCGCACCGUUCUCAUGGCCGAAGCCUGCGAAGAUAUUGAUGUUCCGGGGGACACAACCGCAGGCGCUAUCGCUGCCGCACUGGAAGCACAGACGCCCAUCAAGCCCGAGACUGCCACCUCAUCUGAAGAUGAGUUCCCGGCGCUCUCCCCUGUUGACUUCCCUGCACUCGGCUCACCCACACCAGUGCGUGAUUUGAAGCGCUCACCAUUUGUGACGGCGGACAACAUCAAGAAGGUACCACCGCCCCCGCCAGCUCGUACCCUCAAGCUUGGCAUCGAUCCUUCAAAGUUCCAAAAGAAGUCUGUGGCAGGCCAUGGAGGGCGAUUCAUGUUCGGAUCCCGCCGGGCAAACGAGGGACCUCCAAAGAUCGAUACCUCUAAAGACAUUCGAAAAAUGUCUAAGGAAGAGCGCGAGCCUUUCGGGUACGGUCCAACUGUGCAGUUCAUCAUUGGAAAUGACACUGUAGCGUCUCUUCCAAAGUACAUGUUGAUGCAAGUUUCUUCGAAGGCGUUCAACCACUGGACAGCCAAUCCCACUGCCCUAACGAUCAAGUUCGACGCUGGUUCCAUGACCAAAGAGGCACUCAACAUCCAUUUGGAGUGGAUCACCAUGCACACCCACUGCAGUCGUGUGUACAGCGUGUCUCUGAAGCCGGAGAAUUCCGACCGUUACAACUUGGAGAUCGUUCGCUGCGCCCGCGUGCUGGGACUCCACAGCAUGUAUAUGGGUCACUUCACCCGUCUUUACUGCCAGAAAGUGCGCGACGGCCCCACUGACGAACUCAUCGCUCUUAUCGAAGAACUGGCCUACACUGAUGACGAGCCGAUCUUCGAUUGCUUGGCCAACAACAUGGCCAUGCAGCACUCAAAGGCGAAAGCAGAGGAUCUUCAAGACUGGAACAUACAUCUCGCCCGCCUUCCGAAGCUGGCUGCUAAGAUCCAGGACAUCCAGGCUCGGAAGAACUUCGCUCAGGGCAAGACCUACAGCAAGGGCAAGAAGGCUUUGCCGCCGCAGAAGGCUGCCGAGGAAGUCGCCACAACGGCCGUGACAGCGGAUAUCGAUCCUGACGCGGCGUGGCGCGCUGUAGGCCCGGCGUAUGUCUGA